AAAAAUAGUAGAAAAAUAAGUUUGAUCAAUCUGGAGGUGAAUGCCAUGACGAACAACAAGGGAGGUGGCACGACACCGUUGAACUGGUAAAUGAGUUGAAGGAUUCCGAUCACCUUCAUCAUCAUUUUCUUCAAUCCGAUGAGAGAUUGAAGAACCCAACCAACCACUUUCAAUUUUGAACAAACCCUAAUUUCUUCAACAUUUUCCACAUUAUCAUCUAAAUCCCUAAAAAAUUUCCUAAUUAUCAACAUCGAUCGCAGUUACUUCUCCAAGACUUUCAGAUUUCGUCUUAGAAGAUUGAAUCAAAGGCUUCCUCAGCACUUUUUUACUCGCCAUUAGCAUCAGCGUAGUGUUUUAAAUUUCUGCUGGUUUAAAGAAAGAGAUAAAUGAUGUCAGCUCCAAACGAGGAUAACAUGUCUCCUCAUUCUCAGCUCGCCUUGCAUUUCUUUGGGGAUUUUCUCGAUUCUAUAAUUGUUGAUGUUGCCUCUGAGUGUCACCGGAUAGCUAAGCUGGGACUUGAUCGCAACUUAGAGGAAGAGGACGAAGAGCUAAGAUUGGCCGCAGAAGCUCGUAGUAGGGUGGCGGAUCCUAGUAUUAGCUGUGAAACGAAUAGUAAAUAUGUGGUGGACAUAUUUGGGCAGACUCAUCCGCCCGUUGCGAAUGAAAUAUUUGAAUGCAUGAAUUGCGGGCGAUCAAUAGUGGCUGGAAGGUUUGCUCCCCAUCUCGAAAAGUGCAUGGGAAAGGGUAGGAAGGCUCGCCUGAAAGCAACCAGAAGUAGCACAGCUGCUCAGAACCGUAACGCUCGAGGCAGCCCUGUUUCCACUUACAUACCGUACUCAAAUUCGACAAGUCCAAACCAGCUACCAAAUAGAACAUCUGGUGGUGCAGCUGAAGAAUACCCUAGUGGCGCUUUCCAUCAAUCAUAAUGCUGGAAGACGAAAAAUGGGGAAAAGGCCCUAAUUUUUUGAUCUGGAUAUGGUUAUGGAUACCCAAUCCAAUGGAGCAUAUCGGCAAAUGCACCUGGAGAACGGGAUUCCUGUUACAGUUCGAAUGGGAACUGAUAAUUGUGAAGAAGAAACAAAGAGAGCCUCUGCCUUUGUUUUCAUUUUAUAUUCAGUUUUAGUCUCCUUUCAGUGUAAACCUUGCGAGUUACGUGCACAGGGCUUGCAGAGGGGAAUUCACCCAAUUUGGUAUGGUUCAGCUGAGAAGUUCAACCAUAAAUCCUCUACUUGGUCAAACUGUAGUGUUGAUAAAUUACUAUUCAUUUUUAUUUCCUGUACUUGAUUUCAUUUUCUUUUUCUUUACACAACAUUGUAAAACAAACAAAGGUUAGAAGUUGGUGGCAACACUACAAACAUUACAGGGAAUAAUAAGAUACAUUUCAUUUGACUA